AUGGUAGAGCCUGGAAUGAAGAAGAUAAAGAUGGAGGGAUGGUCAGACCUUCCUCACGAAUUGUUUUAUGAGAUAACCAAGAAGUCACUGAGUGUUAUAGACUAUCUCAUCUUAGGCUCUGUCUGUAGAGGAUGGAAGUCAUUUGCUGAAGAGUACAAGAAAGAGUUUCUGGCAUCCCAACCUCCACUUGCUCUCUUCUUCUCGUCGAAGGCUAUUUCUUUCUAUAGCAUCUUUGAUCAAAGGUUGUACAAGGUAUUACUGCCCAGCCCUAUAAGCAACCAAAACAGAUGUUUUGGGUUCACUUGUGGGUACUUGGUGUUUCUAGACAAGAAGAAUAGGAGGGAAGAUUCUCAACUUUGGCUGCUGCAUCCUUUCACAAGACAUGAACUUCGUUUCCGUGAACCUCCAAAACCUUAUAAUCGUGUCAUCCUAGCUUCUGUAGCUACUCCGGUGCCAGAGUUUUUGCUCGUAGCCUUUUGCCAAUUCCUGCCAUGUUUCCAAGUUUGUAGAUCCACACAGACCAAUUGGACUCAAUUUGAUCUUAACAACAUUCCUUUUCCUUGGAGGAUUCGAGAUGCAAUUGUGUUCAAGGGUAAGAUAUAUGUUUUAACUAGUGAGGCUGAAAUUGGAGUACUACAUCUGAGUCCUCAUCUUCAUGUGACCCUGCUAAACGUGGGACAUGGUCCACAUAUGGAUAUGAAUCGUGGAGUUCAGUGCUUAGUUUCUGAUGGACAGCACCUGAUGAUGGUUGUAUCUUCAAUAGCAUCCAUCCAACAUACAGUUUACGAGCUAAAUUUUGUGCACAUGGAAUGGAUGAUGAUGGUGAAUUUUGCAGAUCAAGCACUGUUUUUGGGUCGUUCAAUGGGCUCAGGAUUUUGCAACAUAACCAGAUGGGAAGGUAGGCAACAACCUUCUAAUUGCAUAUACGAACUUGGAAGCCGCAAUCGCAGAUACAUUGUAAGUUUCUUGGAUGGUAGACAUCAUAUGUUUUCCCAGGGAAACCAUAUGCCUAAUGAUUCCCUUUUUGAUCCAUUCUGGUAUUUCCCACAUCUGUCUUACAAUGUGGAUUCUCUGUGUCUCUCUGAUGACUAG